GUUUGCUUACUGGGGAGGGAAAAAAGUUACACAAGCACUUCGGCGUUUUGUAACACGAGUGGACUAAGGUUACAUAUACUUACUGUUUCCCUACACAGAAUACAGCGACCAAAACUCUACAAGAGCAUCCAGACAGCGGGGUUUACACCUACAGGAACAACCGGCGCUUUAAAACACACUGCGACAGGAUAAAUUAGCUUUGCUGUAUUUUGGAAAUUAGGAAAGGGGUGUGUAUUGUUCCUGACGUCGGGAAGCGUGAAAAGGCAGGGUUAGAACCAGCAGAAAGACACUCACAGAGCUGAGACGACAAUAUGGAGUUACAUUCAGUCCUGCUGACAACCGGCGCGUCUGUGGGCUUUUUCAGUCUGGUGAAUCGUGGAUUUGAGCAGCUCUACAUACCAGAGACGGCUCAGAGGAAUAUAUGGAAAUGGAGAAACAUCUCUACAUCUUUCGUUCACAGCCUCAUCACUGGAAUAUGGUCUGUGCUUUGUUUUUUCAUGCAUCCCCAGAUGGCUGAAGAUUUAAUAGAAACACAUUCUGUCCUCUCACAUGCUCUGGUGUGUGUAUCAAUUGGAUACUUCUUAUAUGACUUCUUUGACAUGGUUUUCAAUCAGAAGAUCAACCAAUCAUGGGAACUCCUUUUCCAUCACAUGGUGGUGAUCAGCUGCUUUGGGCUUUCUGUCCUGACGUGUCGCUACGUGGGCUUUGCGGUGGUGGCCCUGCUCGUGGAGAUCAACUCCAUCUUCUUGCACCUUAGGCAGAUGUUACGGAUGGCCGGUUUUGCCAGGAGUACAGUAUACCGUGUAAACAGCAUGAUUAACCUGGGCACGUACGUGGUGUUCCGCAUCAACACGCUGGCAUGGAUGACGCGCUGGUUGGUGCUGAACCGCGAUCACGUCCCCCUUUUCAGCUACACAUUAGGCAGUGUGGGUCUGGCCAUCAUGACCCUCAUGAACAUUGUUCUGUUUUACCGCUUGCUCCGUACUGACUUCCUCAAGUCCAGUCGUAAAUAAAGAGAUCAAUAACACAAGAACAUGCCACAGGAGCAGGAAAGCACUCUUAUCUAUGUCUGGACUAAGUUAAUUUAACACACAGGGCCUCAUACCUUGCAGAUGCUAGCAUCUGAUGAUGGGUUAUUCUAUACUUUCUGAAGAAUUGCAUAUUUAUGUUUUAAGACAGGAUAAUUACACUGAAAGCAUGUCACAAUGACACUAAUGCAUACAUGCACUAACAAUUCAUGUACGAUUACACACAUAUGCCUUGUAGUGACCUCAUGAAAGUUUGUUUAGUCUUUUUAACACCUACCUCUGCUAUCUCAUAAUCAUGUAGCAGUUACACAGGCAUUUUUCUCUUAGCUCUACCAGCGUGUUCAGGAACUCAGUGGUUCUAGCAGAGAGAAAUGGUUUCGCCUGGUUACCUACAUAAAGCUGAUCAGGGCAAAGAAAUUAGCUGAAUAAUGUUGUUGGCAAAAAAAAAAAAGGUCUGGCUUGACUGUUUAACCAUGAUUGUAGUACUGCUCUAAAAAUGUCAUCAGUCUCUCUUGAUGCAGGAUCAACACCGUAAUGCUGGACUACUAGUCUCAUGAUGUCUGAUUAAUUUCAAAGUUUGGCAGACUGUUGACCAUCACUUUGAUUUCAUGGUAGCUGUACCUGAAAGUGCUCAGUGUAUUUUAAAGACUGUUCAAAUUGUACCAAUAUUGCAAAAUAUGUGACAACCUUUAAAUGAUGUGUUGGAUGUUUUGUAUAAGCAUUUUUUUUUAAUGCAUUUUUCUAAUUUAUUUUUCCUCAAAUAGCUUUCACAUGUCAUAAUAAAAUGGAUUAGUUGCUGAAGAAUUGUCAGAAAAAGUGGAUAGUUAAAAUGGUGUGAAUUUGACAGCCAUCCAGUUUGUUUUACAUUGUGUUGUUUGAAGGUAGAGCUUUCUGUGCAGACUUUCUGAGGGUUACGGAAGGAGGAAGUCAAACUUUAUAACUACGUAAAGCAUCAGAAACCAUGUAGCGUAUCGGCAUGUGCCACACUUUAAAGUGAAGGCUUUUAAUUAGCAUUAUCACACCGAAAGUACACUUAAAUGGCACUAAAUUCUAUGUGGCUGGAGAUUUACCUCCUGGCAAAAUUCAGAUCCAAAUGCAAAACAGUCAAAAAUGUGUUCAGCUAAUUCACUGGGGUAGAUGAAAUUAUUUAAAAUAAAAAAACUAAAGUAAAAAAGUAAUAAUAAUGACUGUAAAAUUGUUAUUAUAAUGAAUCUAUAAUUAUUAUUGUCUAUUAAUUAACUCAGAUUAAAGGAUGCUUAAGAUGGCACAUAAUAUUUUGUUGUGUUUUUACGACAAAACUAAGAUUCCAAUCUUCAGAUUGUGCCCUUGUGAUCAGCAUAUCACCAUUCAGCACUACUGCAUGUGCUCCAGAGCGAAAAGCAAAGGCUGAAUGUGGCGCUGUCAUUGUGUGCACAGGUUUUGAAUGUGUUUAAUCUGUACAUAACAAAUAAUUAUAUUUUUGUUUGUAUAAUUAAAUGUUUUGUAACUAAUGCAAUGCAAUUAAUGUCAUUUGUAUUUUGUUGUUACAUGAUAAAGCAUUAACCCUUGAACUUAAUAAAAAAAAUUCUAUCUA